GUCCCUCAAGACUAGCUAUAACUAAGAAAGAAAAUCGACAAGAGAGCUUCUAAAACAAAUAUAGAGCUUGAACAAAAGUAGAAACUAAGCUCAGAUUCAACGAAAUGCCUAUCAAUAGAAUUGCAGUUGGAACACCUGGAGAGGCAAGCCAUCCAGAUUCACUGAGGGCUGCUUUGGCAGAGUUCAUCUCCACGCUUAUUUUUGUAUUUGCCGGUUCAGGAUCUGGCAUGGCUUUUAACAAAUUGACCGACAGUGCUUCGACUACUCCUGCUGGACUAGUAGCUGCCGCGUUGGCACACGCAUUUGCACUCUUUGUGGCUGUUUCGGUUGGUGCUAACAUUUCUGGAGGUCAUGUGAAUCCUGCUGUGACCUUUGGUGCCCUUAUUGGAGGAAACAUCACUCUGUUGAGGAGCAUUUUGUAUUGGAUUGCACAGUUGCUAGGAUCUGUUGUUGCUUGCUUGCUUCUUAAGUUCUCCACCGGUGGAUUGGAAACACCAGCUUUUGGGCUAUCAUCAGGGGUGGGGGCAUGGAACGCUGUAGUUUUUGAGAUUGUGAUGACCUUUGGACUAGUAUACACUGUGUAUGCCACAGCGGUGGAUCCGAAGAAGGGAAAUUUGGGAAUUAUUGCUCCUAUUGCAAUUGGUUUCAUAGUUGGUGCCAACAUCUUAGCUGGUGGUGCUUUUGAUGGUGCAUCCAUGAACCCAGCUGUCUCUUUUGGUCCUGCUGUCGUGAGCUGGACCUGGACUAACCACUGGGUUUACUGGCUUGGUCCAUUCAUUGGUGCUGGCAUUGCUGCCCUUGUCUAUGACAACAUUUUCAUUGGCAGUGGUGGACAUGAGCCCCUUCCCACCAAUGAUUUCUAAGCAUUGCAUCCCUUGUUGAAAUUUAAAUCUCUCUCCCCUUUUAGACCAGGGAGGGAUAAGGUUGGGAUUUCCGGUAGUUUGGUUGUUGAUUUUUGCAUUGUUGUUGUUUCCACUUAUUUUACAGCAGUGGAUGGUUCCUUGUUUAAUUGUGUUUUACCUGUUGAAUCAAUGGAAAUGUUUGGUUUUCUUUGAAAAAAUUUAGUCUGAAAGCUCUUCUUUCGAUGACUGACUUUCUUGGACACAUUUAAUCAUAUCAGGGCAUAACAGAAAGUUGUUCAAGUGAAAGGAGUAAUAAAGCAAUACCAAAACUCCGUAAGUGAAAAAAAAAUGCAGAUUAUAAGCAUUAAUAUUAACAGAAAGAAGCCCAGGACAAGGUUUUAAGCACCAAACCCUAGACAUCACUCCUUAUCCUGUAUUUCAUCAAAUUUAUAAGAACAUUUAUGUUCAUAUGGCUGAGUGCUGCCACUUCCAAGUGGUCUAUUCUGCUCUGAUUUGGCUGGAUUGAGGAUGCCUAAAUCAAACUUCGCAAGCAAUUCCCAUCUCGCGAUGCUAGGAUUGAUAAGCUCAGUGGUGACCACCUUUCCUAUAUAUUCGGCCGAGAGGAUUUCAUCCUCGUGAUUUGCAAAUCCAUCCUUUAUCAGUUUUAGAUGUUGCAACUGUGUGCUCCUGCCAGCUUGUAUAAGAUUUGGCUCCUUCAAUAUUGAAAUUAACACAACAUUGAAUGAGGCAAUUUUGCAGGUGUUGUACCGUACAUUCAGGUUUUUGAGUUGGAUUGCACAGGCUCAUCUUCAAAUUGAGGACUACUAAUUCUUCAGAUGUUCAUAACAUUGAGGAUGAGUUUCGAAAUAUUUAACUAGCAUUGGUUCCUAUGACAUCUACAUGUCUUAUGAUCUCAAUAUUUCAUCUAUCAAAGUUGGAACAAUAAAGACAGGCUUGUCUGUGUACAAAAGAGUGUCUAGUUUGGAUGUGAGGACUGCCGUGUUUCACAGGUGGUAUAAUAACAUAGUAACAAGAACAUUUUUUAGCUGUACUGUAGCUAUUUCUGUUACUGUUUUACUCAUCACGUCAGGAUUAUAAUGAAGGAUUCCCGUAUAAGCUUGGUCAAUGUAAACCAAGUCGAUCACAUUUUGGGGAUCUUAGCAAGACAAAGCACUUUCAAGGCCUAACACGUAGCUUCUUAUCAGUUGAAGCCUUUUAUGGAUUUCGCCCUCCCUUACCAUGUCCUCUCUCAGAAAUCCAACAAACUAACAAAACAAAGAGCUCUUCGAACAGAAUUACCCUGCAUGUCCUUCCCUUACUUUCUCCCCGAUAUAUAUACUUCUUCUCUGUCUAAAUACACGCAUUUUAGUAUCUAAAUGUUCCUUCACAAUCCACAUUCUGUUCCUUCCCACCAAACACUACCGAUGUCAGCUCCUCCGCUACCACUACUGCCAUCACCACCACAGCAGCUAUCUUCUUGUUUGUCCUAAAGCUCGUACCAACAAUCACCUACAGCGUGGUCUCAUUGUCUGUAUCAAUAGGUUUAAAACAGACGAUGAUGAUUAGUCUGGAUAUGGUACUGCGGUUUAGCUACUGGUUUUUAAGGGCUGAUUUUGAUGCGAUGGCCAGAAGUAGCAUAGCACACAGUUUACGUUUUUUUCUGAUUUAUUUAAUAGACUAAUCCCUGAUUCCAAUUUAAACUUUGUUUACUGCAGGAAGUAUCAGCAUUUUCUCUAUCAUCAGGUGUGAGUGUGAGUGAUGGAAUGUUUGUGAUUGUGGUGACCUCUGGACUGGUCUUCGCCGUGUUUGCCACAGCAGAGGAUCCAAAGAAAGGAGGUUUGGACAUCACUGCACCUAUUGCAAUGAUUUCAUAGCUGGUGCCUACAUUUUAUCAGUCUCUUUGGGUCCUGCUGCGGCAAGAUAGAAUUGGAUUCUCCACUGAGUCUACUGGUUCAGUCCGGUGAUCGUUGCCGCCAUAGCUGCCCUUGAAUGAUAACGUGACUUCCCACUAACGAUUUCUAAGAAUUGCGUCCCUUUUUAAGAUAUAAAUAUCUCUCCGCUUUCAGAUGAAAGAGAGAUGAAGUUUCGAAUUUUUGUAGUUUUGUUGAAGGUUUUGUAUUCUUCUUAUUUCCACUGAUUCGGUGUCAGUAGGCUAAGACCGUGUUGUCUUUUACUUGUUGAAUCAAUGGAAGUAUUUUGUUUGCUUUGCAA